CUUCCUCGAAUUGACUCUCUUCUACCGCUAAAAUCUCCCUCUGACCUGCUCACCCAGGUGGCUGAUGGACAAUUAUCCGCUAGUGAAGCGAUGGAUCGCCUUAUUCUUCUUCUUGCUCCAACAGAGGCCUGGAAGCUUUAUAGUGAAGUAGCGAAGACUGAGAAAUGGCGUGAUGACCAAUUGCAUAGCCUUCUUAACUUACUCUGCGCCACAAACUCUGGUCAGAGCGGUGGUCCAGACUUCUUCUGUGGUAUGCCGCUUCCAAAUUUGGGUGAGCUGCCAGAUCCUUGCGAGGCUUAUUACGCAGGUCCGACUACAUGGCUUAAGGGAGUACCUGCGAUCACAGCCCAAUCAAAAACGCCUCGGUUGUCUUUGGCAAGAUCACCUACUGCUGCGGUCGUUGAUGCCGAGGAUGCAAAGGAUGCGGAAAAUUCUGCUGUGAAUUCUAGUUCUGAAGAGCAAAAUUUGGCUAGGAUGGCAAUGGAGGGUGGUGUUCCCCGACUCACUGUUUGGUCAAACUCUUGUUCUGCAGAAUGCCUAUUCCGCGACCAUUCUGUUACCUUAGGCUCGAAUAGAGCAUUGGGCCAGCGUGCGUUACUUCGUGGUGCUGCUCGCUUCGGUAAUCCAUUGAGGGCAUUCGAGUUGGCGCAGAUCCUCUGGAAGCUGGAGGAUGGUCAGCUUCGUGAAAACGCGCAAGCUAGUGGCAAGGCGGGCCCGCAAACAUCAGAUGUCGAGAGGGCAGUCUUUCUUGAUAUAGACGAUUAUAACGCUCUUUUACUCUGUCUGCAUGGAGUGCCACCACCUCAAUUGAACGAAAUUUCCGCACUUCUCUCACGAGACCGGCUUUCGCAUAAGACUGAGCCAGGCUGCACUUCUCACACACCGCUAACUGCCUGCCUGCUGGCCGUACUUCUUCGAAUGAGCACUACUGGUAUCCUGCCUGACAAGUCUUCGUUUGAAGCCGCCCUACAUAGCCUGGCAUGUGAUACCAUUACUAGCCUCCUUACUGGAUCUUUCCGCAGCCAUACAGCUUUUGGGCUCGGACUCCUCGAAGAGGCUCGUCUUUUAGGUCUCCCGACAAGUCUUGGCAUGAUGAACAACCUUCUUGCCUUGAUUACAGCUCCGGCUCGCUGGGAUAUUUCUUCUGUUGUUGCUGUUUCUUCCAGACCUAGUCAGAGUGUGCUCUACUCGACUUCUCCGCUGAUCAAUGCGUUCAUUAAUGAGCUGGAGAUUGCUUGGGCCGAUAGGCCGCCCUGUCGCACUGAUACUUAUUCGUACGAUGACUUGCGUUUCUUCACUCAAGCAAUGCGUUGCCUCCGCGACGAGGCCGAUCUGACGACAGCUCGCCGAUUGCAUAAUCUUCUAACCGGACAAUCAGAUCGUCGAUUUCUUUUUCUGACAAAUUCAGCUGAGGAAUCCUACAUUGCUGACUAUGCCCAUCUUCUAUUAGGCGAAAUCGGCUUUUCUCUCACUCCUGCUAGGGUCAAAACUAAUGACCAAAGCAGUAACCAAGGUAUUAAAAACGAAUCCCAUAUAGAGGCAGGUGCUAAGGCAAUCGAAGAGCAGUUGGACGAAGCUUGGCAAUUCUACCGAACCUACCAUGGAACCAUCUUUCGUCAGCACAACCUGCUCCGAAAUGUAUUCAUUAAUCGCUUCCAUAGAGCCGCUCGCGAACCCAUCUCAAAGGCGUCGAGAAGCACAGCGAGAGAGGCUUCUAAACAAGAUGAUUCCAAUAUCAAGUCAAUAGAUGAGGCUGAUUCUAUGCCUCUUAGUUCUUCUCGUGUUACCGCUACUCGCCGAUUAGCUUUUAAGCGGCUCGUCCAGCUCUUCCGUGACCUGCUUGCAGCAACUUCAGGCCACGUGAGUGAAACCAAUUUGAUAUUGGUAUGCAUCGAUCGUAUUACUGACUUAAUUUCUGCACAAGACCAGGCCUGGCAUCUACUUAUGCAGCCUGUGACAGCGACGGAAAGCGUGGCCAUGACGGAAGCAAGUCUACCUAUUGAGGCCCAUAAAGCUUCACAAGAGAUGCUGGAUCUUCUCGAUUACGCUAAUGCACAGAUGUUGCGAUCAGCUGCCUCGAAAAAUACUGCCCGUUCCAGGUCAGAAAGUUUUGGAACACUCUUCGCGUCGCUGAAAUCGUCCCAUAUUUCUGGACUCGCUAGACUUGCCCUACCAUUAGCCUUGGGCAAUCGGAUUCAGCAAUUACUCAAGCCAUCUAAGGCCGCGACGACAGCUGAAGUAAAGGCUGCCAGUUGGCAGGAUAUGCAUAUUGAUGAGGCGAACAAGACCUUGAUGCGCUGGCUACGACUAGCUGAAGAGCACAAUAUGCUCCAGUGGUCCUGGACAGCUGAGGCGAUCUACUCAAUUUGGGCAUGCAAGCGCGGUGUUGAGUAA